AUGGAGCAGCAAGUCCAGCGGGCUCGCGCCGCGUUCCGGUCCGGCCGGUCGCGGCCGCUGCGGUUCCGGCUGCAGCAGCUGGAAGCCCUUCGGAGGAUGGUGCAGGAGCGUGAAAAGGACAUCCUGGCGGCCAUCGGCGCCGACCUGUGCAAGAGUGAACUCAAUGCAUAUAGUCAUGAAGUUAUUAGUGUCCUUGGAGAAAUCGAUCAUGUAUUGGAGAAGCUUCCUGAAUGGGUUACUCCUAAAGCAGCUGAGAAGAACUUGCUCACCAUGAUGGACGAGGCCUAUAUUCAUUCAGAGCCUCUGGGAGUUGUACUGAUUAUUGGAGCUUGGAACUACCCCUUUGUUCUCACCAUCCAGCCACUGAUAGGAGCCAUUGCUGCAGGAAAUGCUGUAAUUAUCAAGCCUUCUGAACUAAGUGAAAGUACAGCCAAGAUCUUAGCCAAGCUCUUUCCUCAGUACUUAGACCAGGACCUGUAUAAUGUUAUUAAUGGUGGCGUUAAGGAAACCACAGAACUUUUGAAGCAGAGAUUUGACCACAUUCUCUAUACGGGAAGUACUGCAGUUGGAAAAAUUGUCAUGGAAGCUGCUGCCAAACAUCUAACACCUGUGACUCUUGAACUGGGAGGGAAGAGUCCAUGUUACAUUGAUAAAGAUUGUAACUUGGACAUUGCUUGCAGACGCAUCACCUGGGGGAAAUACAUGAACUGUGGGCAGACUUGCAUUGCUCCCGACUACAUCCUGUGUGAACCAUCCCUUCAGAGUCAAAUCGUGCAGAAGAUUAAGGAAACUGUGAAGGAAUUUUACGGAGAAAAUGUAAAAGAGUCUCCUGAUUAUGAAAGGAUCAUCAAUCUUCGUCAUUUUAAGAGGAUAAUGAAUUUGCUGGAAGGCCAAAAGAUAGCUUACGGUGGUGAGGCUGAUGAGGCCACACGUUACAUAGCCCCAACAGUCCUUACUGAUGUCAAUCCUGAAACCAAGGUGAUGCAAGAAGAAAUUUUCGGACCAAUUCUUCCAAUAGUGCCUGUGACAAAUGCAGAUGAAGCCAUAAAAUUCAUAAACGACCAUGAAAAGCCCCUGGCUUUUUAUAUAUUCUCUAAUAAUGAUAAGUUGAUCAAACGAAUGAUUGAUGAAACAUCCAGUGGCGGAGUGACAGGCAAUGAUGUUAUUAUGCAUUUCACGCUCAAUUCUCUGCCAUUCGGAGGAGUGGGUGAGUGUUACUUUCUCUUGUCCAUGGAAAUAGUUCAUCCCCACAAGGGUGCAGCACACCUCAUUGGCCUUCUUAACAAGCUGUCCAGUCUGCUUGGUGGACCACUCAUUACAUAG